AUGGGUGGACAUCGACGCGAGCAAAGUGAUUCUCAUGUACCUCUUAAGCAGUGUGCUGAUUCUCAACAAUCUAUUCCGAGUAAUAACCAAGAGCAGAUUCAGAUUCGCGUAGAAACUCCAUUAAAUCUUAUUGAAACUGUGCCUAAUGGAACAUUGAAUUCUUUAUAUUCAAGUGACAUCCCGGUGUAUCGCAGUGAUUGUAUUGUUCAUCAGCAAGCAGUAAGUAUUUUUAUUUUGUUUAACUGUCGAGUAAUCUGUACAAUGCAUUCUGUCAGCAUUUGCCGUGAAAUUGUUAUUUUAUUGCAACAACACUGUAAGCGGUCCGCAUCAUUUGAAUCCUUACUAAAACUUCACUCAGUGAAAUGGCAGAAGGAAGUAAUAAAAACUUUCGCAGCAUUUGUAUGUUUAUCAGUAUCAGCAUUUCUGAAUUUCUUCUUGCUCACGGUGAUCCACGAUAUAGUCCCAAGACAACCGCUUCCAGAUCUCGUCUUCAUGCUUAUACCACAGCAGAAAUGGGCCUGGGUUGUUGGUGACAUAUUCUCCACGCUAAAUGCUGUACUCGGCUUCACUUGUGUGUUCCUGCAUAAGAACCGGUUGAUUGUAUUUCGUCGUGUUUUAUUACUUGGUGGAAUUCUCUAUGGCUUACGAGCAGUAGUUCUUGGCGUGACCUUUUUACCGCCAUCAUUUCAUAAACGCGAUGAAAUAUGCUUACCACAGGUUAAUCGAACUGGCAUGUAUGCGACGGAAGUAGCAACUAGGUUUGUAACAUAUGUUGUAACUCUGGGUCUAACUUCGGGUCAGGAUAAAAUUCUUUGUGGUGAUCUCAUGUUUAGCGGUCACACUGUUGUGCUGACUAUAAUGUACUUCACACUGCUUCAGUACACACCAAGGAGAUUAGUCUAUCUACGAUAUAUCGCAGCACCAUUAACGUACAUGGGAAUAGCAGCACUGGUUGUUUCUGGUGGUCAUUAUACAAUGGAUGUUUUGAUAGCUUAUUGGCUGACUAGUCAUAUUUUUUAUGCUUACCAUCAAGUUUUUGAAAUGCCUAGAGCAGAAAGAAGGAAAGCACCUCUUUCUCGAUUAUGGUGGUUCUGGUUAUGCUACUGGUUCGAGAGUGAUGUGCCUGAAGGACCCUUAUGGAAUGAAUGGGAUUGGCCUUUCCCUGGUCCAGUUUGUAUACACAACUUUGUUCAGGAUAUAAGUGAUAAACUACAGUAG